AUGCAUUACCUGCCGUUAGAAAAAAUGGAAAAACUCGAUACUGAUGUAGUGGAUGAAACACCGGGAGCAUUCCUUCCGUCCAAGAUACUCGAAUUAGCCAUUAAAGUUUUUCGUCAUGGAUUGGACCAAGUGUUGUCAAGCCUUUGUGUCCUUUGUUGGUGUUCCGAAGAGGAGAUAAAAAGAUUCGAAGAUGAAUUCCGAAACAAACUAGACACGUCAUUUACAAAGGAGAAAGAGAGAGCGUAUUGGUCACAAGAUGAUUUAUAUAAGAAAAACGACAAAGCAAAGCUACAAUCACUGUGUAAGAAGAAUGGUAUAAGUUCUGAUGGGAUAAAACAUGAGUGCGUGAAACGCUUAGUUAAAAAAUUGAAUAGAAACCCACCUCCCGUUCUUGAGAAAUAUGAUGGUAAACUCUUCUCUUUACCGAAUUAUGUAACGCAAAUUGCCAAAUUUUCUGUUUACAAGCUUCGUGAAAUCUUACGAUUCCAUAACAUAUUGGAUUGUGGCACCAAAGACGAACUCGCUAUUAGAGUGGGAACAUUAAGAGCAGGAAGAACUCAUUUGGUUUUUCAGAAUGAGAUCCAUGCAAUUCAAGAUAUUAUAAACGCGACGAAAACACUAAUAAGGAGACAGAAAGAACAUCAUCUGACAGAUCCUGUGGUUAUUCAUAGAAUCAGAAAGUUCUUAACACCAACCACUGCAUCUCUGAAUAUGAUACGUCCAAGAGACAGUGCAUCGGCAUCCGCCAAACAGAAUGGAAAACGUUUGGAAGUUCCGGAAGAGGUAACGUUAGAGACCUUGGAUGAAGUUUUUAGACCUAUAGAAGAUGAACUUUUGGUUUAUAUUGGCGUAGACAGUGUGGAAAAUGCACCUGAAAUUGUUGCAGGACUUUUGGAUGCCAUUCGAACUGUUGGUGUAAGGAUAUUAGCACGGUGGAGUAAAGAAGAAAUUGGUGAUUCAGGAUGGAAAACUGGUAAAUUCUAAACAAUAAUUGACUUAUUAUGAAAUUAUUAUAAAUGUUUACUCUGUCAAUAUUUUUGAUAGGUUGGUAUGUAGGGUCUGUGUUGAAACACAAUAAAGAACGUGACACAAUAGAAGUAGAGUUUGACACAGAAGCUAAUGUUAUCUAUACGUAUAAAGUGGAUGAAGAUGUUAAGGCAAACAAGAUAAGGCUCGCUCAAUCCACUAAACGAAGUAUUCAGAACUAUGAAGAAGUAUGCCAAGUUGGAGUAGUGGUUGAAGUCAUGUUGGAAGAAGAUGAACUUGAAGAUACAGACUGGACAUCAGGUACUAAUUAGACAAUAAUUACAAGUAGUACUGUAGUUUUAAUUACCAGUACCAUGACAACCCUGUUGUAUUUCAACCAGAUUACUUAAAUAACGACUUUUUAAACUUUUCUCAUUCAAGGCUGGUACACUGCUGAAGUACAAGCUGUUGAUUACGAUGACGAUGAAGUUGAUCUAUUUUUUUUAGACAAGCCAGAUUUUGUAUAUAACAUCCCAGUAUUGCCAAACCUGAUAACAGGAAAACUUCGGCUGAAAGAGAAAUUAUUUUAG